GCCGUCUCUUUCGGUCGGUCGUCCGUCGUCUACACCCGAAUAAUAAUAAAUUGGUGUUCGCUCUGAAACCAACACAGGCAGACAGUGUAUGUGUAUUUUGUGUAUGUGCGCGACCGUUAGACAUAACAUAACAUAUUGUUUGAACAACGUCGAUAAUAAUAAUAAUAACAAUUAGAAAUAAUAUUAUUAUUGUAAUUUAAUUAUCAAGUGGAAAAUAAUAACUAUGCCGCGCCCUAGCCGUGAAUCGUACGGUGACCAGAAGCCGCCGUACAGUUACAUAUCGCUGACGGCCAUGGCCAUAUGGAGUUCGCCGGAGAAGAUGCUGCCGCUGUCGGACAUCUACAAGUUCAUCAGUGACCAAUUCCCGUACUACAGGAGGAACACGCAACGCUGGCAGAACUCUCUGCGGCACAACCUGUCGUUCAACGACUGUUUCGUGAAAAUACCGCGGAUGCCGGACAGACCGGGCAAAGGCGCGUACUGGGCCCUCCAUCCGGCCGCGCUGGACAUGUUCGAAAACGGAUCGUUGCUCCGGCGCCGCAAACGGUUCAAGCUCGUCAAAUCCGACAAAGACAGGCUCGAUAACGAACUGAUUGCUUUGGCCAACAACCUGGCGCACAUGCAGCGCAACCAUCCCGGUAUGUCGCCCGGAUCUUCGGCGUCGUCCCGCUGUUCGUCGAGUUCGUCGUCAUCGUCGUCCGGCGGGAGUCCGCCGCCGCCGGCCGUCGCGCAAAUCGCGCCGCAACCGUCGGCCGCCGUCGCUCCACGCAUCGCCGUCGAUACGGCCGCCGCCGCGGCCAUCACCAUCACCAAGCCGGCCGGCAAGAGACCGUUCGACAUCGAGAGCCUGAUCGGCCCGGACCCGUGCAAGCCAACGGCCGUGACGGCCGUGGACGACGACAUUCUGCAACGGUUUCCGGCCAUCAUGCCGGCCGCUUACCCGUCAAACACGCCGCUCAUGGUACCCUACGGGCUGCACCACGCCGCAGCGGCCGCGGCCGCCGCCAUGGCCCUCCAAGAUCACCACCACCACCAGCUGCACCAACAGCAGCAACAGUAUUUCCGGUACGCGUCUUAUUUCCCACAUAACUGAACUGUAAUAAUUUAAUAUGUAUUAAUAAUUUAUUUAUUAAUAUUACAAAUUAAAUAUUAUGUAAAAAUGGUACUCGGCGGUAGAACGUGGUUCGAACGUUUUAUGAAAAAAAAUUGAUCUCGCAAAUUUUCGGAAGGAAUAGAAAAAAACAUUUUUUUUUUUUUUAAAAAACUAUAAAUUAUACAUAAAUAGAAUCGCUUAGAUUUUUCCUAAUAUUAUUAUUAUUAUUAAAUAUUUUAAAUAGUUGUUCGAAUUUAUUAUUUGUUUUGUGUGCGUGUGUGUGUUAUUUUACGUUUGUACAAAAUAUUAAUUAUUAUAAUAUUAAUAAUAUACCCACGGCCAUUUGGUAAGCCCGACACGAUAACCUCGGAGUUUGUCAUUUUCUAUACAGCUAUAUUAUUAUCAUUGUAUAGUAGUAGUAGGGUGAAAAGUACUGAAUAUCGACGAACGUAAAUCAUAUUUAUAUAUACAUAUUUUGUAGAAACAUUAGAUCUUAGGCAUUAUCCGUUAUGUGUGUACUGUGAUGUAGUUUUUAUCGCGAUAAUAAUUGUUAUAUUUAUCGUUUAUAUAAUUUUUAAGUCGGCGUCGACUGCUUGAUUGCACAAUAUUAUCAUUAUUAUACAUUGUAAUAGUACUGGAAAGGAUAUUUUUAACAAUAUUAUUAAAAUAAAACAAUAACAGCUGAUGUGUUUGUAUCGCGCGGUCGACGCUAAUAUUGUAAAUAUAUUAUUGUUUUUUUUUUUUUAAAUUAUAAUUAUUUUGUUUUUGAAGCUACUCUGUUACCCCUCCAGGUCAUCCUCGUGUAAAAAAUAUUAUUGUAAUCCAACGACAAUUAUUAUAGCGCAUUGUACAUGUGUGUACAACGACCAAAAGUCGAAUAUAAAAAUGAAUAUAUUAUUAUAUAAUUAAUAUAUAAUAUAAUAA